UCUAUCUCUCGCAAAUCGCAAUCUCUAUUCUUCUCUCCCCCCUCUUACCUUUUCUCUUUGUGUUCCCCACGCUAUACUCUCCCUCACUUGCUUCUUAAUUCCUCAAGCCUCUCUCUCUCUCUCUCUCUCUUCUAUUUGAUUCCCUUCCUUUUUACCCUCCAAAAAAGCUCUUAGCUUCUUCAAUUCAUCCACUUCAAUUCCUCACUAUCCUAUCUUUCUAUUAUUUAUUUUCCACAAAAACUCUCCAAAAAAAAUUCUUAUAUAUGCUUCUGUCUUAUAGUUUAAUUUUCUUUUUAAGGCUCAAACUCCUUUUGUUAUUAGAUAAUAUAUAGAUAUAUAUAUAUAUAUAUAUAUAUAUAUAUAUAAAUUAUUCCUCUCCUUUUGCCUGCUGAAAUGGUCGCUGCUGCUAUUUUCUUUGUUUAAAAAUAAAGAAAAUUCCAGAGUGUUCCCCAGUUCAGAUUUUGUUUAUUAUUUAAUUCCGAUGAAUUCAACUAUUGUCUCUUAGUAAUUUCCGUCCAAACGAACUUAUAAAUUUCGGGAACAUUGCCAAUUCAACUGAUAUUUCGUUGGAGUGCAACAAUGGCUCCCAAAACUGGGAAAACCAAACCGCACAAGGCCAAGGGAGAGAAGAAGAAAAAAGAAGAGAAAGUUUUGCCAAUCGUGAUCGAAAUUACAGUAGAAACACCAGACGAAUCACAAGUUACGCUCAAGGGCAUCUCCACGGACAAGAUCCUAGACGUGAGAAAGCUUUUAGCGGUACACAUUGAGACUUGUUACUUGACCAACUUUUCCUUAUCCCACGAGGUGCGAGGCGCGAGGCUGAAAGACACGGUGGAAAUCGUGUCCUUGAAACCUUGCCAUCUGACCAUCGUCCAAGAGGACUACACGGAAGAGCUCGCCGUCGCACACAUUCGGCGACUCCUCGACAUCGUGGCCUGCACCACCUCCUUCGCCUCCGCCUCCGCCGCCGCAGCAGCAAAACCCCCCGCCGGAAAGUCCAAAGACCCCAACGAACCCGGUUCAGAAAAUGGACCCGAAACAAACCCGAAACCCAAACCCGUGGAUCCGAAUUCGGACCUGGUCAAUGCCAAAAGCGACAAAGCUGACGCUGACAUCUCUAUGUGUCCACCUCCCAGGCUUGGACAGUUCUACGAUUUCUUUUCCUUUUGGCAUCUUACACCGCCGUUUCAAUACAUACGGAGAUCGAAUCGUCCUUUCCUUGAGGAUAAAACAGAAGAUGAUUUCUUUCAAAUUGAUGUUAGGGUUUGUAGUGGAAAACCUACUACAAUUGUUGCUUCUAGAAUAGGAUUCUAUCCUGCUGGAAAACGUCCACUUGUGAGCCAUACUUUGGUGGGUCUCCUUCAGCAGAUAAGCAGGGUGUUUGAUGCAGCCUACAAGGCACUAAUGAAGGCGUUCACAGAACACAAUAAAUUUGGCAAUCUUCCUUACGGUUUUCGUGCAAACACAUGGGUUGUCCCUCCAGUUGUUUCUGACAAUCCAUCAGUCUUUCUGCCACUUCCCAUGGAAGAUGAAACAUGGGGAGGAAAUGGGGGCGGACAAGGUAGAGAUGGUAAGCAUGAAAAUAGACAGUGGGCCAGAGAUUUUGCAAUUCUAGCUGCAAUGCCUUGUCAAACAGCAGAGGAGAGACAAAUUCGAGAUAGGAAAGCUUUUCUACUUCAUAGUUUAUUUGUCGAUGUAUCAGUCUUCAAAGCAGUUUCUGCAAUAAAGCAUUUAGUAGAUAUUAAGCAAAACUCUUUCAGUAAUUCAGCUUUGCCAACUUCAUAUGAAGAAAGAAUUGGAGAUUUAACUAUUAAAGUGACGAGAGAUGUAUCUGACGCAAGUUUGAAGUUGGACUGCAAAAAUGAUGGAAAUCGAGUUCUUGGAUUGUCUGAUGACGAACUAGCUCAGAGAAACUUGCUGAAAGGCAUAACUGCUGACGAGAGUGCAACUGUUCAUGAUACUCCUACUUUAGGUGCAGUACUUAUAAGCCAUUGUGGCUACACAGCUGUGGUAAAGGUCUCAGGUGAGAGAGAUAUGGAGGGGAGUCAUAAUUCCUUGGAAAUUGAUAUUGAGGAGCAGCCUGAAGGAGGUGCAAACGCAUUGAAUGUUAACAGCUUAAGGAUGCUAUUGCAUAGGUCAUCUACACCUCAAUCAUCUAAUGCAAUUCAACGAAUCCAAAGCUCAGAUAUUGAAUAUUCACAUUUUACUCGGUCAUUGGUAAGGAAAGUCCUAGAGGAAAGUCUACUGAAAUUGAAGGAAGAAACCACUAGACACAGUAAGUCUAUCAGAUGGGAGCUUGGGGCAUGUUGGGUACAACAUUUACAAAAUCAAGCUACUGGGAAAACUGAGCCAAAAAAGGAAGAAGAGGCUAAAGUUGAACCAGCUGUUAAAGGCCUUGGGAAGCAAGGUGGAUUACUAAAGGAAUUAAAGAAAAAGAUUGAUAUCAGAAACUCGAAAGUUGAAGUAGGAAAAGAUAUUUCGCCAUGUAAUGGCAAUGACAUAAACAAGCCAGAAGCCACAAAACAGGAAUUAGAGAGACAAGAUGAAGAAAAGGAAACUAUAUGGAAAAAACUGCUAUCUGAUGCUGCAUAUACACGCCUUAAGGAAUCUAAAACUGAUCUUCAUCUGAAGUCACCUGAUGAAUUGAUGGAAAUGGCACAUAAAUAUUAUGUUGAUACUGCACUUCCCAAGCUGGUGGCAGAUUUUGGGUCCCUUGAACUCUCACCUGUUGAUGGAAGGACGUUGACUGAUUUCAUGCAUACUAGGGGCUUGCAAAUGUCUUCCUUAGGACGAGUGGUUGAGCUUGCAGAUAAACUUCCCCAUGUGCAAUCUCUAUGUAUACAUGAGAUGGUUGUUCGAGCCUACAAGCAUAUCUUGCAAGCAGUUGUUGCAGCAGUUGAUAAUGUUUCUGAGUUGGCUUCAUCUAUAGCAUCAUGCUUAAAUAUAUUAUUGGGAACACCAUCACCUGAAACUAAUGAUGAAGAUAUUACUAGUUGCGAAGAACUGAAAUGGAGAUGGGUAGAAAACUUCCUUCUAAAGAGGUUUGGGUGGCAGUGGAAGGAUGAAAAUGGUAAAGAUUUGAGAAAGUUUGCCAUUCUUCGUGGACUCUGUCAUAAGGUGGGGCUUGAGCUGGUUCCUAGGGACUAUGAUAUGGAUACAGCAACUCCUUUUAAAAAGACAGAUAUUGUAAGCAUGGUCCCCAUAUAUAAGCAUGUAGCUUGUUCAUCUGCUGAUGGCCGCACACUUUUGGAAUCAUCUAAGACUUCCUUGGAUAAAGGUAAAUUGGAGGAUGCUGUCAACUAUGGCACAAAGGCACUCUCAAAAUUAGUGUCCGUAUGUGGGCCUUACCAUAGAAUGACAGCAGGAGCAUAUAGUCUCUUGGCUGUAGUGUUGUACCAUACUGGAGAUUUCAACCAGGCAACUAUCUAUCAGCAAAAGGCACUAGAUAUUAAUGAAAGAGAGCUUGGACUGGACCAUCCUGAUACGAUGAAAAGUUAUGGAGAUCUUGCUGUUUUCUAUUAUCGACUCCAACAUACAGAGUUGGCUUUAAAGUAUGUUAAUCGUGCUUUGUAUCUUCUGCACUUAACCUGUGGACCAUCACAUCCAAACACGGCUGCCACCUACAUUAAUGUUGCAAUGAUGGAAGAAGGAUUGGGGAAUGUCCAUGUUGCUCUCAGAUACCUUCAUGAGGCUUUAAAAUGUAACAAAAGAUUACUUGGAGCUGAUCAUAUACAGACGGCUGCAAGCUAUCAUGCAAUAGCUAUUGCUCUUUCUUUGAUGGAAGCAUACUCUCUAAGUGUUCAGCAUGAACAGACCACCCUCCAGAUCCUGCAGGCUAAACUUGGUUCUGAUGAUCUAAGGACACAGGAUGCUGCUGCAUGGCUAGAAUACUUUGAGUCAAAGGCUCUGGAGCAACAGGAGGCUGCACGGAAUGGUACACCUAAACCAGAUGCCUCAAUCUCCAGCAAAGGUCAUUUAAGUGUGUCAGACCUCUUGGAUUACAUAACUCCAGAUGCUGAUCAGAAAGCACGGGAAGCACAGAAAAAGGCCCGUGCCAAGUUAAAGGGAAAACCAGGCCAAAACUGGGAAACAGCUUCAGAUGAAAAUCAGAAGGAUGAAGACAUGUCUCGUGGUUAUUCAAUUACAGAGAUUACUAACGAUAAAGAAAAUAAAUCUGAAGCUCAAAUUAAAGAUCACGGGAUUGAUAAAGUUGAGUCCGCUCACUUAGACCAAACAAUGCUCAAUGAAAGUGAUAAUCUGGCACAGGAUGACAGCUCAGAUGAAGGAUGGCAGGAGGCUGUUCCCAAAGGUCGUUCACUCACUGGGCGCAAGUCAUCUUCAUCAAGGAGGCCCACCCUAGCAAAACUGAAUACUAACUUCAUGAAUGUUUCCCAAUCAGCAAGAUAUCGAGGCAAGCCUACUAAUUUUUCCUCUCCAAGAACAAAUUUAAAUGAGACUAUUGCUGGGCCAUCCCCAUCUGUUGCAAAAAAGUUUAUUAAGAGUGCAAGCUUCAGUCCAAAGCUGAAUAGCAGUAAUGCCCCAGAUGCUGGAGCAGAGAAGUUAGCGGACUCAAAGUCAGCUCCAGCCAGCCCAGCUCCAAGUGAUCAAAUUGCUAAACCAGCUCCUUCUAACAGUGGCAUCAGUGUUCAGUCAGCAGGUAAACUUUAUUCCUACAAAGAAGUAGCCUUAGCCCCACCUGGGACAAUUGUGAAGGUAGUGGCUGAACAGUCGCCGAAAGGAAAUCCUAUUCAACUAAAUUCUGAGGUGAGUGCCAUGAUAGUUGCAACAAAGGAGACUCAAAAUAUCAUGGCAACAACAAAUGAUGUGGAAGAUUAUUUUCAGAAAUCAAUUGAUGUGAAACAGCAAAGCCCUGUCCAUCAAGAACAAGAAGAAAAGGAAACCACUGUGGUGAAAGAUAAUACAGAAACAGUAAAUAGUAAGGCCAAAGAUGAGGUUUUUGAAGUUAAACUCCAGGAAGCUAACAAUGUUGCCAUACUAGAGAAGAUAACUGAAGUUGCAAACAUCACAGUCGUGGAGGUUGAGGAUUCUGGUUGCUUAGACAAUAGAAACAACAGUGCCUCUAAAGGUGCCUCAGAGAUACAAGUGCAAGAAAGUUGUCAAGCAACUUCCCACGAUUUGAAUCCCCUAACCAUUUUAGUUGAAGGCAAAAAACAGUUGUUAAUUGACAAUGAUGUCUCUGUGUCGAAAGAUAUGGUUACGGAGGGAGAUGAGAAACAUGAAUCAUCCAGUGACAAUGCAGUAAGUAAUCCUCUACCAUCAGAAGGAGAAAAGCAAGAAACAGAAACAGGAAAGGAACCAACCAAGAGACUUUCUGCAGCUGCACCACCGUUUAAUCCAUCCACAAUUCCAGUUUUUGGCUCUGUUCCUGUUCCAGGUUUCAAAGAUCAUGGUGGUAUUUUGCCCCCACCACUAAAUAUUUCUCCUUUGCUUCCUGUCAGUCCCCCCCGAAGAUCUCCACAUCAGUCAGCUACUGCCAGGGUUCCAUAUGGUCCACGAAUAUCUGGUGGCUAUAACAGAUAUGGGAACCGUGUUCCACGGAAUAAAACUGUAUUUCUCUCUGGUGAACCUUCCCCUGAUGGUAACCCCAACAGCCCUCCUAGAAUAAUGAACCCACAUGCCACAGAGUUUGUACCUGGCCAACAUUGGGUACCUAAUGGCUAUGUUGUGCCUCCUAACGGAUAUAUGGCUUCUCCGAAUGGAAUUCCAGCCUCACCUAAUAGUUUUCCCCCAGUGUCUUACAGUGUUAUGCCUGUGUCACCCAGUGGAUAUCCUGCUUCACUAAAUGGUGUCCAAGUGAAUCAAAAUGGGUUAGCAACAUCUCCAACCAGUUCAACUGAUUCGGCACAAGUUGUAUAUGUUGAAACUGACCUUGAAACCAAAAGUAAAACUCUUGAUGAGGAAAAUAAAGAUUCAUUUUCAACAGAUGUAAGUUCUGAAAAGAAGCAUGUUGUGCAAAAUGCUAAUGAAUUAUCUGCCAGCAGUGAAAAUCCGGAAGUAGAAGAAAAGCAGGAAGAUCUCAGCCCCCCAUCUGGUUGUAGUAAAGAGGAUAAAGUAACCAACAAGGAUGCAGUAGAUGAGAAAAAGCCAAGCAAGUGUUGGGGAGAUUACAGUGACAAUGAAGCUGAAGUCACAAGUUAAGGAAUGAUAAACUUUUCUUAGUAAAAUGAUUAAAAAAAAAAAGAAACAUAGCGAACUGUUUCCUUGCAAGAUGCCUACCGAGAUACCUAAAAGUGAUGCCAAGGAUUGACUGGACUGAGGAGGUCUUUGAGGCAGAACUGAUUACAUAUGAGGAUUUCUGAAAAGUUUCACCCAACUUGGUACAUAUGGGGGUUCAAAUUUAUAGCGUUUCGUGAAGGAGGUCACCGUGGCCAUAGAAGGGGAAGGCUUUGUUGCAUAGCUAAUUGGCAAUGUCUUAAAUUGUUUUACUUUUUUUCUGCUACUUUUCUUUUGCUUAUUCAAAAUGGAAUUCUAGCUUUGAGGUCAAAAUACUCUUGCUCUUACGGCUGAUAACUAGGUUGCAGUUGCCCGACAAUAAGGCCUCAUUUGUCAGGCCAGUGUUUGUUUUUUCAAGUUGUAGAAGCAGCUCUUACAUCUUACAAUUUUGUUCAUAUUUUGAUUUUCUUAUGGUAACAGUGUUUGGCAGUAAAAGAAGUUUUAGAUGGAGGGAUGAUUUACUUCAAAUCA